UGGAGCAUCAUCAUCACUUCUCUGCCCUCUCUGUCUCCCUGACAUUUCAGUGGGCUCUUUAAGAGGAGAGCCUCUCUGCAUCUGCUGAUCUGUCAGCAGGCGCGGUGCCGCCGCCCUCCCCGCGCACUGCCGCUGCUGCACCUCAGGAGACCGAAGCACCCGGCGUACAGAGGAACUCACUCUAUGCUGAUGCACCUGAGCCCGCGGAUCAUACAACUGAUAUUCGAUCGCCAUGGAUAAUCGAUAAUCGAAGCUAAAAUGCGCCAUGCCCACCGUCCUCGUCAUCCCGGGCUAUGCAGGUGUAAAAGGUAACCAGACAGAGAGCUGCUGGGAGAGGGACACACGGCCACGCUUUAUCUCCGGAUCAUUCAUGUUUAAUGUACAGUCAUGACAUGCUGUAAUGCUCUGGGAUGGACUUCUGCCGGCGCGCGCCUUUAGUUGUAGUUUCAUCGUCUGUGCCCUGCUCGGUGUGUUGGGUGGUUCAGCUGGUUUGGCGAGUGCAGGGAGCAGCAGCAGCACUUUGACCGAUAUGUCCUCGCCGGUGGGUGAGCGGAGCCUGGGAGAGCUGCCUAUGGAGAGCUGGAUGUCUCACCUGCCAUGUGCCCUGUGGGACACCCCACUGUACCACCUGGCCAUCCCGGGUAGCCACAAUGCAAUAACCUACUGUCUGGAUAUGAAUGACAGAUCCCCUGUUGACCUCACCCAGCCUGACAUGCUUCAGAAGCUGGACAAAUACAUGAAGCCUUUCAUUCGCCCCUUUGUGUACAAGUGGGCGAUCACCCAGGAGUACACUAUAAAGCAGCAGCUGGACUGCGGGGUCAGAUACUGUGACCUGCGAAUUGCACACAGGCCCAAUGACAGCUCAAAUGAUCUUUACUUCUACCAUGGUGUAUACACCACGCUGACUGUGGAGACUGUUCUAAUGGAGAUAAGAGAGUGGCUGGAUGCUCAUCCCAAAGAGGUGGUCAUCCUCUCCUUCAGCCACUUCCUCGGACUGAGCCCGGAGCUCCACAUGCUGCUGGUCACAACCAUACGCAACGUAUUCACCUCCAAACUCUGUCCCAAAACGGAACUUUUAACUCUUCGAAACCUGUGGGCGUUAGGCUACAAAGUGAUUGUGUCCUAUGAACACAAUAUAGCCAGCUGUCACAUCGACCUGUGGCCACACAUUCCUUACUGGUGGGCCAACAAAUGCAAAGCUGAGGCUCUUAUCGAGGAGUUUGAACACAGGAAACAACACGGCCGACCAGGAGGUUUCUUCGUCACAGGAAUCAAUCUGACAGAGGACCUGAAGUACAUCUGCACACACCCUACAGAGUCCCUGAAGGACUUGGUGAUGUCCACGUAUCCAACGCUGCUGAGCUGGGUCAAGGAGCAGACCCCCGGCUCCAGAGUCGGCUCUCUCAACAUCAUUGCUGGGGACUUUAUCACAGAGAGCCAGUUUGUACCGACUGUCGUCACACUGAAUGAAAAACUACUGAAAUGGUCCUUGUGACUUUUCAUCUGUUUGCAUUACUCUACAAAAAAAUGUGAAUCAUAGCAUGAAAUGAGCUUGUUUUGUUAAGAGUGACAGAAAAAGUACUUGAAUUACUCAUUUAAAUAUAAAUGCACUUAUUCAGAGGCAGUGAAAUGUAUAUUUCAGUCUUAAAGCGGCUUGAAAACAGAUGUUUUGGUAUUUCUACCUGAACUUGUUUGUUUACAUUCAGUUCACUAUUUAUGCAAUGUACUGUAUCUGUUUCCACGAGUCAGCAAACGUGGCUGGUUUUAUGUUUCGAUGACCACAGCAAUAAUGAUACAACUAAUCUCAUCUUGACGUAGGCAUUUUAGAUGAGUAAGCACAAACAAUGUAUUCAACGAGCACAUUUAAGUGUAGGCCACAAAUCUUUUCUAAUUAUGACAUGUGGGCAGCAAGUUAAAUAAGUAGCUAACCUGUAUCACCUACAACACACGUAUUUAUCCAUAGAGAAUGUAGAGACGACAUGAAACUUGCAUGGAAAUCUUAUUUGCAUGAACCCAUCCUUGACUGUUUUACUUAAAAUUGACUUGAGCCAAAAGGUUAAGCCUUGUUUUAAAGUAAUGCUGCACCGCUGUGCCUGUGGAGAUGAGCUUUUCCAAUAAACAUGAGCAUUUUUAAGCAGGUCACCUCACUUUA